CGGGAGCGUUGUUGUUCCCCCCGCGUCGUCUCUUUCUCCGUGGUGCGGCGGGUCUCCUCUGAGGCGAUGUGGCGGCAUUCCUCGUGGGCCUUCUUCGCGCUGCUCCUGGCCGGUGGCGGCGGCGGCGGCCCCGGCAGCCUCCGCCACGGGGCUUCUGCCCAGUCGGUGUGGACGGCGUGGCUGAACGUGUCGUGGAGGAUGCCCGGCAGCAACGAGAGCUACUGGAACGUGGGCGAGAGCGGCAUCUACGGGCAGGACUCCCCCCUGCGCCGGGCGGCGGGGCUGGUGGUGGCCCCCGAAGGGCCCGGGGCGGCCAACGCCUGCAGCCCGCUCACCAACUUCAGCAGCCCGCCGCCGCCCACCCCGUGGGUCGCCCUCAUCCAGCGCGGAGGCGGCUGCACCUUCGCCGAGAAGAUUGCCGUGGCCGCCGCCAGGGAGGCCUCCGCCGCCGUCAUCUACAACUACGCUGGGGGGUCCGGGAACGACGUCCACCCCAUGACACACCCGGGUACGGGAAACACUGUGGCCAUUAUGAUUAGCCAUUCAAAAGGCAUUGAAAUCCUCCGUAGGCUGGAACAAGGCUACCAAGUGACCAUGGUUAUUGAAGUGGGGAAAAAACACGGAUCAUGGAUGAAUAACUACUCCAUCUUCUUUGUUUCUGUGUCUUUCUUCAUCGUCACAGCAGCCACUGUCGGGUAUUUUAUAUUUUAUUCUGCAAGGAGGCUUAGACUUGCAAGGGCUCAGAACAGGAGACAGAGACGGCUGAAAGCAGAUGCCAAAAAAGCCAUUGGACAGCUUCAGUUACGUACACUGAAGCAGGGAGACAAGGAAACCGGUGCUGAUGCUGAUACCUGUGCUGUGUGCAUUGAAGUGUACAAGCCAAAUGAUGUUGUGCGAAUUUUAACGUGCAAUCAUCUCUUCCACAAGAUCUGCAUUGAUCCUUGGCUGCUGGAGCACAGGACAUGCCCCAUGUGUAAAUGUGACAUACUCAAGGCACUGGGAAUUGAGGUGGAUGAAGAGGAGAGAGUGGAGUCUCUCCCAGCCACUGUCUCCAACGAACCCUCUAACAUGCCUUCGCACACCGAUGAGGAGAAUCCUAGUGAGACAGGAUCAUCUGGAUAUGCUUCUGUCCAGGGGAAUGACGAGCCGGUUCAAGAGGAAGUGGCCUCUUCAGAAAGUGAUAAUCUGCAACUUGUGAACAACGCAACUGCACCUCCACCUGUAGAUGUCCUUCCACACUUGGACAAUCCAGCUUUUGAGGCUGACGAAGGAGAAGUACGUGAAGAGAAAGCCUAAGCAGCUCUUGCACCACCUGCUAUCUACUUGACAUAACCAGCAUCAAACAAUGACAGAACCGAUAAGACUGUUGUAGCAGCAAUUUUGCUUUGAUAUUGAGAUAAAUUUUAAGGUUGCAAUUAAAUUGAGUGACCUGACCAUUUCCUUAUUUUCUUGUGGGAUUAGUUUUAGUACUCUCGAGUACAGAUUUGUGAGGAGUUUUUUUUUUAGUGCAAACAAGGAAGACAGAAUCUUAACACAAAGCCAUUUGAGCUCAGCUACUUUUGAUACAGUAGAAUUUCAUUUGUUUCAUUUUGGUUUUGAAUUAGCUUGUUUUAAGUCUCAUAGUUAGCUUUCUUAUGAACGUAUGUUUUUAGUUAACUAGUAGGGCGUGUUCUUUUCAUUUUAAUGAGCCUAGGUUAAGUAUUUUUUAUAUAUAAAACCACAAGAGUGGCCUUAUAGUCAGUGCAG